AUGGGAGAAGAGAGUGUUGGUCAGAAUAAUAAUAGUAAGGAAAAAAGUAGAGUAGGGAAGUUGUUAUCUCUUGUCCCCAUUGCCAGUUGUUGUUGCUAUGUGAAUUUGGACACAAGGAAGACAAUCCACAGCAUCAAAGUGGGAGUUUCAUUGGUUUUGGUGUCACUAUUUUACCUCUUGAACCCUCUCUUUGAUCAAGUUGGAGAAAAUGCAAUGUGGGCUAUCAUGACUGUUGUUGUCACCUUUGAGUUCUAUCCAGGAGCAACACUGGGAAAGGGUAUCAACCGUGGAUUGGGAACUAUAUUAGGAGGUGCAAUGGGUGUCCUAACAGCAAUUUUUGCCCAAACCAUUGGAGGGAUUGCUAACUCUAUUACCAUCGCUAUUCUUAUUUUUGUCUCCGGAUCAGUUGCUACAUAUUUUCGACUGGUUCCAAGCAUAAAGAAAAGAUACGACUAUGGAGUGAUGAUAUUCAUACUCACAUUCAACCUGGUAGCGGUGUCUGGAGUGCGUGUUGAAGACCCUGUUUGGGAAAUAGCACGUCAGCGUCUCUUAACGAUAGUGAUGGGUUUCAUAGUCUGUGUUUGUGUCAACAUCUUCGUUUUUCCCUUGUGGGCCAGCGACGAACUCCAUCAUUCUCUUGUAACUACCUUUUUCAACCUUGCCAACACAAUUCAAGGCUGCUUGCUCGAACAAGAAGAAGAUGCCAAAUUCGUUACUGAAAAAGAAAAAGAAAAGGAAUCAUCAUCCGCUGUUAAUAACAAAUUCUCUCUUUGUAAUUCUGUCUUGGACUCCAAGUCAAAACAUGAACUAUUGGCAAAUUUCGCAAAAUGGGAACCUUGGCAUGGGAAAUUCGGAUUUUCGUACCCUUGGGAGAAGUACUUGAAGAUUGGACAAGUUCUUCGAGAACUUGCUGCAUUUCUUCUUACAGUUGGAAAUUGCCUCCAAGCAUCAAAACAGGCCAUGGCAUUAUUGAAGGAUUCACAUUCAAUCCAAUUAGAAUCAUGGGAAGCAAUUGGGUCAAAGGUUUCAUGGGCUCUUAGAGAACUUGGAGAUAGCAUUAAAGAAAUGAGGAAAUUGGAUGAUGAUAGCAAUAGCAUUUCCACAAAGUUGAAAGCAGCAAAAGCAGAACUAAGCCUUGUAAUCUCCAUGUCCAAGGUUUCAUCACUUGAUAAUGAGGAAGUUCUAGCAAUUGCAAGCUUUGUGUUAUUGCUCUCUCAAGUGUUGGACAAGGUUGACCAAUUGGUCAAAGAAGUUGAUGAACUUGGACAUCUUGCUGCUUUUCCUACUCAUUAAUUCAUAUCUUAGACCCCCAUAUAAAUCUAUAUAGUAUAUGCUAUUAUAUCUAGUAUCUAGUAGUGUUAGUACAAACAAAAUGCCAAAUUUUUGGGUCAUCAAAACAAAUUUAGAAAUAUGU